UGCGAUUCUCUCCGUCCCACUCCCACUCUCCCGUAGUUCCUGGUUCCCUGUGGAGAGAGAGGGCGAAUGAGAGCUGCUCACACAGGUGUGUCUCUCCGUUCGUUUGCUCUUCAAGACUCAACAACACACCUGGAUGCGUCAUGUGGUCUCCUACCUGGGCGUGGAGGAAGUCCCUGUUAUUUGGUGCCUUUUGUUAGGUAGCUUUCACAUCGUGUCGCCUUUCACCGGAGACAGUCGUUCUCUCCUCAGCGCUUCAGCGUAAUGGUGCUGGUGUGUUAACAUCCCGUGAUUUAGGAAGAGUAAGAUGUGAACUUUUCAUGAAUCCUUCCGUGGGAUCUAUUUUUUGUUUUAAGGGGGAGGAAUCGAGAUUCGGACUGCGAGCCUUUGUGCAACUACUGUUCAACCAAGGGUGAUCCGAGUGGCAGACUGAAUGACGGUGGAAUGGAGACUUGAGGGACUCUGGGAUUACACCAUCCACUGCAUCUAGGACUUCAGGAGUCUGCCGCUGGAAGUUUGCCUCGUCACUGGUGGAGUGUCUCCAACGUCUGGGUCAAACAUGGCGAGUCUGCCUUGGGCAUCCCUGGUCCUGCUCUGCAUAUCCACAGUCUGUGGACAGGAGGCAGAAUUUCCAGAAUUCACCUCCGAGACGCCCAUCAACAACGUGGCGCAGGAUCCCCGGACAGGGCGCGUGUACGCGGGGGCCGUCAACGCCGUCUACCAACUGGACGGCUCGUUAACCAGGGAGCACAAGCUGGAGACAGGGCCCAAAAAGGACAUGCGUUCCUGCACGCCGCCCAUCCACAACAACUGCCCCGAUCCCAAAGAGACCAACAACACCAACAAGCUGCUGCUUGUCAACCCCUUCAACAACUCGCUCGUCAUCUGCGGCAGCGUGUACAGAGGGAUCUGCUCUCUGGUCAACCUGAGCAAUAUCAACCAGCUGAUCUACUACAGCGACAGCAAGGGCGAGCGGACCUAUGUGGCCAGCAUUGAGGACAGUGUGUCCGUGGUGGGCAUCAUGUCCCACCUAAGUACUCAGGACAGCAACUUCACCGUGUUUGUGGUGGGCAAAGGCUAUGGCAGCCUGGACAGCUCCAAGCUCAUCAGCACGCGGAUACUGCAGAACUACAAUGAUUGGGUGAUAUUUGAGGGCAUCAUAGAUGCCUCUGCUGUGCAGGCCAUUCCUUUCGUCCCCAAAUACAUGCAUGACUUCCGCUACACUUUCAAAGACGAGACGUUCAUCUACUUUCUUUUCUCGCGGACGAUGGGUGGGAACGACAACAAAAACUUCACGUUCAUUUCACGUCUUUGCGAACAAGACGACCACUACUACUCCUACACGGAGCUGCAGCUCAACUGUGGCACCGACAACCGCUUUAACAAGGUGCAGGCGGCCUAUGUGGCGAGUCCUGGGAAAGAGCUCGCCCGCAGCAUGACGGAGUCUGGGCUGUACGGCAACGUCGUCUCCUGGGACCGGGUGCUGUUUGUGGUGGCCAGCCCCGACGACGAGGACCAAACAGAGUCGGCCUUGUGCUUGUACCCCCUAAAGAGAAUCAACGAGAGAAUACAGGACAUCAUUAGUGCCUGCUACAGUGACUCAGGAAAGAUUGGCGGAAAGCCUGCAGUGGAUAUUCCUUAUUCAUCCAAAACAGAUGACCUUUGUAACAAGCGGGAGAAAAACUUUGCGGCCCGCUAUAGGUGUGGAGCAGACUUCCUCCCCUCCCCUCUGGCCAGCAAGCCAGAAUUCGCCCUGACGGCUGAGGCCAUGUACACGAGGAAGGGACUUCUGACCGCGGUGGCCAUUGCUGUGGAGCACGAGCACACCAUAGCCUUCCUAGGCAACUCCGUCGGGGAGGUUUUCAAACUUCACUUGUUCAGUCACCCAGAAGUAUAUAACAAGGGCCCGGGAGACACCACGGGAGACGCCGUCAACAAAAACCUCUUUUUUGACACGAGCUUGACCCACCUGUAUGUCACCACCAAGAAGAAGAUCACCAAAGUCCCUGUGGAGACAUGUGGUCUUAAGACGGACUGCCAGUCAUGUGUCGGACUGAAGGACCCCUACUGCGGGUGGUGCGUCCUGGAGGGGAGGUGCACCAGGAGGUCGGACUGCCGGCGCGCGGAGGAGAAAAAUGGCUGGCUGUGGAGCCCCAAGCAGCAAUGUGUCAAGAUCGUGUCCUUCCAUCCCCCGAACCUCAGCUGCAAGAAGACACAGCAGGUGGACAUCCACAUCCCCUCCCUGCCCACCAUUGGCCCUGCUGACCAGCUGCUGUGCGCCUUUGGCUCCAUCGAAAGCAGUGCAGUAAUGAAGGACUCCAUGGUCACCUGCAGCCUGCCCGAGCCAUAUGCCAUCCCUCCCACGCCUGAGCAGCAAGAUUUUGUGGCCGUGCCCUUGAAGAUCUUCGUCAACAAGACGGUGGAGGUGGCGGCCAGCGAGUACAAGUUCUACAACUGUGCAGCGGCCAUUCACAAGUCGCCGAACACACCGUGCACUUCCUGUGUCAGCAGCGGCUGGGGCUGUCAGUGGAACACCCGCGACCACACGUGCAGCGACAUGAGCGACCAGGACUCAGACCCUAACAUCAUCCGACACAAACAAGCAGCAAGCUGUCCGAGAUUUGAAAACCCCGACCCCAUUCUCAUUCCUGUCGGCCACAAAACCCAGAUCAGCUUUGAGGGGGUCGAGCUCACUCCGUACCUGAAUCAUGAGUUUGUGAUCGGCACAGAGCUGAUGGAGUAUGAGGAAGACAUCAGGAUAGAGAGUGGCCCGUUCUACAGUUUCUCUGGAUUUGAGUUUUCGUAUGACAAAGCACAUGAGACCACCAUUUUCUUCUACGUGAAAGACAAAUCCUCGGGGAAGAAGAUUGACAGCUUGUUAAACGUCACCUUGUACAACUGCGCGGUGGGCCGGGAAGACUGCAGCCUGUGCCGCAACGCCGAGCCAAAGUACAACUGCGUGUGGUGUGCAGGAAGAAGGGGCUGCGUGUACGAGAAGCUGUGCUCGACAGAUGACUCGCAGCCAUGCCCCAACCCCACUAUUACAGACAUUGAACCCAGUUACGGACCUAUCCAAGGUGGCAUUGCUGUCACCAUAAAAGGCUCCAACCUUGGUAUUCACAAAGAGGACAUCAAGAACAUCACAGUGGCAGGCGUGCCUUGCACACAUCUGGGCAAUCACUACUCCGUCUCCACCAGCGUGGUGUGUGAGAUUGGGCCAGUGGACCCACGUGGUCCCCUCUCUGGCCCGGUGGAGAUUCUGGUGGAGGGGGAGAAGAGAGGGACGUCCACAGUCUUUUUCACCUACCGGGAUCCCAAACCCACCCGUGUGCUCCCUCAGAGGGGCCCCAAAGCGGGAGGAACCGUCAUCACCAUCAUGGGAGAGAAUCUAAACACUUCAUCCAAAGAGGAAGUCACCGUCUUGGUGGGCAAUGUGCCGUGCAUUGUUGAGACUUUUGGCACCAACAUCACCUGCAAGACAGGCGAGUACCGUGGGGACAAGGUCCCAUCUCCAUCCCUACCGGUCACGGUGAAGUAUGGGAAGCACACCACCAAAGAAGUGUCCUGGGCCUUCCAGUACCUGGACAACCCCAACGUGAUGGAUCAUCAGCCAAGAAGGAGCUUUGUCUGUGGUGGUAGGAGAAUUGUGGUGACAGGCGUGGGGUUCAGCCUGAUCCAGAGAGCCUUCAUAAAGGUGAACACCUCAGUUGAUGAGUGGUCCCAGGACUCAACACCAAUGGAGUUCCAACAGCCUGCGGAGAGCAAGAACGACACCACACUCGUCUUCCUCUCGCCGCGUGUGACUAAGACUCAUGACACCCAGUCCUUUUGCACCUUCCUUCACCUUGACAACGUUGUGGAGGAGCUGAAGCCGUUUGACUACUACCCAGAUCCCACCUUUGAAAAUUUCAGCAACAAGCUGAUCGCUGCAAACAGCACCAUCAAAGUUACCGGUCGGGGCUUCUCCAAGGCCAUGACAACGGAUGAAGCCAAGGCGUAUGUGGGUGACGUGCCUUGCCUGGUGAAUACGCUGGAAGACGACAAGCUCUACCUGGAGCCUCCGUCGGAGUACAAGGUCCGCAUGAGAAACGUUGGGACCUCGGAGCCCUUGAACCUGAAGAUCAAGUUUGGCAACGGCGAGUGGGUGGUGGGCUCGGUGGUCUACGAGAGCAAGUACGAAGUUCCGCUGGCCAUCAUCAUCCCAGCUGUCAUCAUCCCCAUGCUGUUGAUCAUCGCCACAUCCGCCUACUGCUACAGGAGGAAGAGUCAGCAGGCUGAGCGGGAGUACGAGAAGGUCAAGCACCAGCUGGAAAACCUUGAGGAGAGCGUGCGAGACCGAUGCAAGAAGGAAUUCACAGACCUGAUGAUUGAGAUGGAGGACCACACUAAUGACAUCAGCGAGGGUCGCAUGCCGUUCCUGGACUACAAGACCUACACGGACCGCGUCUUCUUCCUGCCCUCCAAGGAUGGCGCCAACGACGUCAUGAUCACGGGCAAACUGGACAUCCCCGAGGCCCGGAAGGCCAUCGUGGCCCAGGCCCUCAACCAGUUCUCCAACCUCCUCAAUAGCAAGACCUUCCUCAUCAAUUUCAUCCGCACACUGGAGUCGCGUUCGGACUUCAACGCGCGGGCCAAGGUGUACUUCGCCUCGCUGCUGACGGUGGCUCUGCACGGCAAGCUGGAGUACUACACGGACAUCAUGAGGACCCUGCUGCUCGGCCUCAUGGACGACUACGUGAACAGCAAGAACCCCAAGCUCAUGCUGCGCAGGUCGGAGACUGUGGUGGAGCGGAUGCUGUGCAACUGGAUGUCCAUCUGUCUUUACCAGUUCCUCAAGGACUCUGCGGGGGAGCCUCUGUACAAGCUCUUCAAAGCCAUAAAGCAUCAGAUUGAGAAGGGCCCGGUGGACGCCAUGAUGAAGAAGGCCAAGUACACCCUGAACGACACAGGCCUGCUGGGGGAUGAUGUGGAGUACUCCGUCCUGUCCCUGCAGGUAUUGGUCCAAGGUGAGGGACCAGACAUCACGCUCGUGAAAGUGCUCAGCUGUGAUACCAUAACCCAGGUGAAGGAUAAGGUCAUCGAGCAGGUGUAUAGGAACAUGCCCUACUCCCAGAGGCCCAAGGUGGACAGCGUCACUCUUGAGUGGCGGCCGGGCUCCACUGGACAGAUCCUAUCUGACCUGGACGUGACCUCCGUGAAGGAAGGCAGAUGGAGGCGGAUGAACACGCUGGCCCACUACAACGUUCGAGACAAUGCCACCCUGGUGCUGUCCAGAGUUCUGCACACUCAGCAGUCCUUUGACCAAAGCCAGGACAACCACGAGGAGCGAAACGCUUUGCUGGACGACGACAAGGUGUUCCAUCUGGUGCGGCCGAUGGACGAGCUGGACGAGAUCAAAUCCAAGCGCGGCAGCAUUAAAGACAAGUCCAUGACGAAAGCCAUUACCGAGAUCUGCCUGACCCGCCUGCUCUCAGUCAAGGGCACGUUGCAGCAGUUUGUCGACAACUUUUUCCGGAGCGUUCUGUGCUCGGGGGCAGUGGUUCCGCCUGCUGUUAAAUACUUCUUUGACUUCUUGGAUGAGCAGGCCCUCAAGCAUGACAACGUGGACGAGGAGACCAUUCACAUCUGGAAAACCAAUAGCUUGCCCUUGAGGUUCUGGGUGAAUAUCCUGAAGAACCCGCACUUCAUCUUUGACGUCCACACCACCGAAGUGAUGGAUGCCUCGUUGUCAGUCAUUGCACAGACCUUCAUGGACGCUUGCACCAAAACUGAGCACAAACUCAGCAGGGACUCGCCAAGCAACAAGUUACUCUAUGCAAAGGAAAUCUCUACCUAUAAGAAGAUGGUAGAUGACUACUACAAAGGCAUCCGCCAGCUGGUCUCAGUCAGCGAUCAGGACAUGAACACUCAUUUGGCUGAAAUAUCCAGGGCUCACACUGACAAACUCAACACCCAGGUGGCCCUUCAUCAGCUCUACCAGUAUGCUAGCAAAUACUAUGACGGGAUCAUCAUGUCCUUAGAUGAGGACCCGGCUGCCCAGAGUAAACAGCUCACCCUGCGGCUGCAGCAGAUAGCCGCGGCGCUGGAGAACAAAGUGACUGAUCUCUGACUGCCGCGAGGGACGAGGCCAUGACAGAGAGGGAUGAGGGCCAGGGGGAAGGAGAGGGGCAGGAGAGGGGGUGGGGUGGGGAGGGGAGGGCAGCACAGGGCAGAGGAAGCUGGUAUCCGUGGCUGUUUGUUGUGUGUGUGUGUAAGUGUGAGGUGUCCAGGGUUGCUGUGGUACCUAGCUGCCGGUGCCUUUUUUAGGGGUGGAGCAAAUGGCUGUUUUUGGUGGCCUGCGAACAAGGGAAAAAAUGAUGAAAAGGAAACAUUGGUGGGUGGCUUGGGUAAAGGUGGGGAGGGGGCAGGGGGGCUCUACAAGUUUUUAAUCUACCACAAGUGAGGGCCUCUAGAAUGCCUCCUCCAGCCGUGUGUGACAACAGAGGAGUGAAGAGGCACAAAGUCUUCUCGCUUGGACGAGCCCCCAGCAAGCCCCUGUUUGUGCCAAGCUGUAGAUGUGGGAGGUCAUAGGCAUUACUGUUGCAGUGGUACGCUACGGCCGUAGACUUCUCUGCAAUAUUAUGACACACAGAUGGUCUACCCCCUUUCCUGUCCGUAACAGCGUAAUGAAAAAGCAGGCUAUAAGGUGGGCCCUGCAGAACACUGGUCUCUUAUAAGAUAAUCAGAUGUUACAAUUUCUUCUUGUGUAGAGAGAGAGAGAACAAAAAAAGUUUUAAGAAUUGUAUUAUAUAUUUUUUUUAAUCGUGCAGUCUUUAUGCGGAAAGCUUUAUAAGGAGAUAUUAACUUUUUAAAUGGAUAGCCUUGAGUUGAUUGUUUUUAAGACCUGUGUACGACAAGUGUGUAUGUACAGUAUGUGAGUGUGUGUAUGCGGUACAAGGGUGUGGACGUGUGAAUGUGUGCACAUGACGCCCAUAAUAUAUAUAUAAAAAACAAACACCGGAUGCCUCGUUUGACCCAGAUGGGAGACGUCUUGUCUCGUCUCGGCCCGUGAAAUAUCCACAUGAAGUGUGUGUCUCUCUGUGGUCAUGCUUGUCUGUGUGCAAAGGUCCCCUAUAGGGUCAGGCCUGUGGAUAUCGGCUAACAAUAACUUGACUGGCUGGGGCGGACGUGCUGGCAUCGGUGGUUUUGACAACCUGUUGAUUUCUAAUUGAAUUUUUUCUAUCGAUUCUCGCGCCCUGUGCUACCAGUCCGCUCAUAGGUCCCAGUCGCCCACAGACCCUAGGGCAUGAUGAGUGUUCUUUGAAAUCAAAGUUUGCAGGGAAACACUGGAAAACCAAUACCAAGAUCAAUAGCACAUUUAUUUCCUCACAUGUUGACAGUGUAGUGCUCACAAGGACCAACUUAAAAUAUAGAUUUUUGUUUCUCCUUUUUUUCUUUUUUUUUGCGUUUCAAGAGGUGUUUAUUGAUAUUGGCAAUGUCACUUUGAUACUUUUAUAUUUUCAAGAGAGUUUUUAUGUUAGGGGUGGGAUGGGGAUUAAUUACAUUACUUUUAUUUUCGCAAAAAAAAGAAUCAUUUUAUUAACAUGCUGAUGCAAGAUACACAAUUUGUUAUACUAUACGAGAUCACAGCAUUUCAUGAUCUUCUUUGAUGAAAAUCGCCUAAUUUUCUCCCAAGUUAUAAAUAUUUCAUAAUGCUGCCAAACUCAUGCUGUGUAAUAAUUUGACUGAAUUAAACUCCGUUCGGAUGCUGUGGAUCAUGUCAUGUGUUCUUAUAUUUGUACUUGUAGUACAAGGGAAUAGCGAUAACUUCUUUCAUUCCUAGUCAUCAGACCUUUUGACAUUUAGCCGUUUAAGUUGAUGUCGACUUUAUUGUAUAGUUACAUUCCUCCUGUCAUUUCAGAAAUUGAUUUUAUGUUGCUUUGAUGCGGUGCAGUAUUGGGACUUGUGACUGCCUACUGGGGGAGAAUGCUACCAUCCUUGCGGAAAGAAAAUGACAUUUUAAGUUCUGUUGUACUAAAUUGAGUGUUGCCUAACAAAAAAAAGACUUACUUCUUAAUCACUGUAAAUGACUCGAGGCUAUAAGGGUAGCGGUCUGUGAACUCAUGCCUGUGAUAUAAGCUCCAGUGCAUACACUGUGUUCUGCUUCAAGCAAAAGGUCACAUAAGAAACAAUGGCAGCACUUCCACCCCGUCGAAUCCUUGAAAGCAUCCAUCUCGCAUACACUGUAGAUUAGGCCUGCAUGUAAGGGCCCAACCCACCACUUGUUUUUUUUUUUAUUGCAGCUCUCAAGUUAAUAACCACCAGACACGAUUUCUCAGAUAUGGCAAUGGCAAAUCUGGCAUCCCACUUUUGUCCUCUUCUAUUUUUUACUGUCUCUUUCUUUCCUUUCCUCACCAAACUCCCCAGUCCAAAUUCCUGUCACGCACAUUGACAACACUUAUCUGAAAGCAGCACAUCGCUAAAAUCGGCUGCCAGGCAGCAGUGCCGUGGCAUAGCGUAGCGGCAGAUGGUUGGAAAUGUAGCCCCCAGAUCGCUCGGAUGCCUCCCAUCCUGUGGCAUGAGCACCCUCUCAGCCUGAGCGGCAUGGCCUGCCGGCUCUUGGCUCUGCCCACUCACACUCACUCUGCAUAAUGGAAGCAGCGGGGGACGCUUUUGAUCUUAAUUGCAUGCAGGCUGCUGACUCCAUGCUUUUAACACUGCUGAUUUUUUUCAGCAUCCCCCUCCCCAACUCUCUCUUUCCUUUUCUCUUUCUAUUGCUACCCCCCCCCAUCCCAUUCGGACCAAGUCUGUGUGCCCCAUGCAAAGCUUCUUCUUCUUCUUCUUCUUCUUCUAAAAGCCUUUCUGUUACCACUACGUGCCUUAUUGAGAAUAUUAAACUCUUAUUGCUAUUAUUGUUAUUAUCAAUAACAUGAGUGCUGAUGGCAAGUACAGUGCGUUUGAUAGGAGCACAGUGGCGUCUUUGAGACGUGGUGUACAAUGUGGUAUUAAUGUGGUAGAUGUGUCUUGCUGCCAUAAUGUGCCAAUAGGAGACGCACGUCUUGAGUGGUGAUGUUGGCUAUUUUCUGAAAUAAAAAUGUGCUUUUUUGGGGGGGAGGGGGACUGGGUAUGGGGAGGGUACUGAUGAGGCUGGUGUUGGGAGGAGGGGGGUUGUCUGUGGUGUGUGCUUUUUGUAGGAGGUGGAUGGCAUUGGUGAGAGCCCAAAACACACCUAAAGAGGAGUUGUGGGGAAUGCGAGAAUGUUUCCAACGACUUUGGCCAUUCCUCAGUUUAGUCUUGAUGCAAAAAGAGUAUUCUAAGUAGAGUGUUUAAUCAAUAGCGCAGGUUGUUCCGAUGGUGUGUUUUAUCCCAUGUGUUUCCAAGCUAGCCCACUGUGUGUACGAAAGCAACUGUAUUUACACUUGACAGUGACCUUUCUUACUGCUGUGCAGUUAUUAUUUUUAAGAAUCUACAUGUUCUAUAAUAUAUGCCUUUGUUAAAAAGAAGUAUCCUGUUGACACUGUAUUCUAUUUGUGUAAUCCAAUGCAUUGGUUUUGAGAAAUCCAAUUUCUUGUGCUGUUGUUCAGAUGAUGUUUUUUUUUGUUCGUUCCUCGUAAACGUGCAGUGCUUUAAGAGAACCCGAGGAGUGUAAAAGUGCAGUAGACGAUGUUUAAGAGCCCCGGUCACUCUUUCAUCAGAGGCAGCUCAGAAGAUUACCCCCCUCUUACACGCUGUGAUCUGUUCCAAUCGGGUAGCUCACUUCUCAGUUGUGUGUGGUCAAAGAGAUCCAGGAUGUCCCAUGCAUACUUAAUAAUAAAGAGAAACUUUCAUUUA